CAAACACGUUGGGCGACGCAUGACGUCAUCAGGCAGCUUCCGCGUCUGGCUUGGCUCAGUUGGCUGUGACCAAAGCGAAAGCAGCUCAGACGGAAUCGACUGCAUUAGAUAAAAAAAAAAAAAACGCCCGACUUUCCAAGAGACUACUCUAAUACGGCGAGGGGGCCCAACAUGUCCGAGACAUACGACUUCCUCUUUAAGUUCUUGGUGAUUGGCAGCGCCGGGACAGGGAAAUCCUGCCUCCUCCAUCAGUUCAUUGAGAACAAAUUCAAACAGGACUCCAACCACACCAUCGGUGUAGAGUUUGGUUCCAGAGUGGUCAAUGUCGCAGGGAAGACGGUCAAACUGCAGAUCUGGGAUACUGCCGGCCAGGAGCGCUUCCGGUCUGUGACGCGGAGCUACUAUCGCGGAGCAGCCGGAGCACUUCUUGUCUAUGAUAUUACCAGCCGUGAGACAUACAACGCCCUAACCAACUGGCUGGCUGACGCACGUACACUAGCGAGCCCCAACAUUGUCAUCAUCCUGUGUGGCAACAAGAAGGACCUGGAGGCCGAACGAGAGGUCACCUUCCUGGAGGCGUCACGCUUCGCUCAGGAGAACGAGCUGAUGUUCUUGGAGACCAGCGCUUUAACGGGGGAGAAUGUGGAAGAGGGCUUCCUUAAGUGCGCUCGCACUAUCCUCAACAAAAUCGACUCAGGUGAGUUAGAUCCAGAGAGGAUGGGCUCGGGCAUCCAGUACGGGGACGCUUCGCUGAGGCAGCUGCGACAGCCACGAGGCAGCACCGCACAGAACAAGCAGCAGUGCAGUUGCUAGGGUUCCGCAUUCCUCCCCGCCGCUCCAUU